AUGGAUAUGUCUAAUGCUCUACGUGAAAAGCAACCCAGCAAAUUGAACGAAUAUCCUGACGCUCUGCCGUCCUCUCCACCUGCUGCUCUCUUUGCCCCCCAAGAUGCCCUACCCACAUCCCCUCCAUCGCUGAAACCGAAGAAGCGCCCGCCAGUGACACCUAGGUCUUUCAAGCGUUUUUUCACACCCAGGUCAUCUCUCAAUGGCAGUAGUUCAAGGUCCAGUGUCCGAACAAAUCGGCAUGCUCUGAAGAAUAUAUUACUCUCUCCUCCGUCAUCCCUGGACCGCAAAGGCCCAGCAUUUCCUAAAAUACCAGCCGAUAGUACAUUUUUAUUCAGACAGCCGCGUGAUUCGCCCCGCACUCCUAAGAAGAGGAAGCUCUCCUUUCUUGCUUCUAGCCCGCCCUUACAAUCGUCCCCAUUGAGGCGGGUUCGGAUUGCUCCUGCAAUCUUCAUUGACCCAAUUGAUAGAAAAGACGAUAUACAGGAAGCUACUCUCUCAGGCGAUAUAAUACCCGAAGAGCCAGUCGAUAAAGAACUUAUUCCAACUCCCAUACCCCUGCGACGCUCACAUACACUCCAUAAUUCAGAUUCUCUUCUACUACGCAGCCUCGGCACUACGAGGCCAUCGCGAGUAACUUUGACGGCAUCUUCUUACGGUACAGCAUGGCAAGACGAAACGGCAAAUUUUUAUAGUUGCCCAAAAGACAUUCAUCAGUGCUGGCGGGAGGAUCGUCCAACCUUACCAUUCUGUACAGCAGCAUGUCACACAAAUUCCUUGGUUGCAAUAGGUGAUGAAGAAGGGGGCAUACGUAUUAUAGACUCCGCAAAAGAUGACAAGCUUGGUUUUUCCAAGACAUACUUAUCCUUUCAACCUCAUAUGAAUUCUAUCAUGGAUUUAGAAUUUUCCUCUGACGAUAAGCUCUUGGCAACGGCAUCAGGAGAUCAGAGUUCUCACAUUAUUGAUAUGCCGACUCAAACGGCAGUAUACUGCUUAUCAAAACAUUCAUCUUCUGUGAAACGGGUGCAAUUUCAACCUGCGUCGAACAACAAUGUUGUAGCAACCUGUGGUCGUGAUGGCAGUGUUAAUAUUUGGGAUCUCAGAUGCACGGCGUUCGAUAAGCCUUCACUACGGCUACGUUGCUCGCUUGCGUCUGAUGAUGAUGAUACGAGUCGAUUAUCCACGGCCAAAAUGAAAUACGCUCAAGUUUCAAAUUCCAUCAGGGGAGCGCAUGCAGACUUAGUUCGAAGGGGCCCUUCCGAAUUGCAGCACCGGGAUGACAUAUCCGUUACAUCUAUAUCCUUUCUUCAGCCGGGCCGGGAGCAUUUAUUUGUGACUGGAUGCGAAUCAAAUGCCUGUGUCCGGCUUUGGGACAUGCGGACAAGUUACUCUAUACGUCGAAAAAUGUCGACACCGCUCUCAAUCACGCGACAGCCCGAAAGCCACUCCCGAUAUCGACAAUUCGGCCUGACAUCGAUGGUGUUUAGUGGGGAUGGAAAUCGAUUGUUCACACUGUGCCGUGAUGGCACUAUAUACGCUCACUCUACUCCCCAUCUGAUCCUAGGCAACUCCGGUGAAUUUUCGUCACCGACGGCACCAUUGCGACGCUUUCCAGCUGAUGAAGCUAAAACAGGCCUCGGCCCUCUUUAUGGCUUCCGCCAUCCCCGCCUUUUAGUUGCUACAUUUUUCAUCAAAAUCGCCCUCCGUCGAGCCCAUGACGACAAGACAGAACUUCUUGCAGCUGGAAGUAGCGAUAACUGCGCGGUCCUCUUUCCUACUGAUGAGCGUUAUUUCGAAAAGUUUCCAGCAGCUCCAGAAACGCAGUCGUUACCAGCAUCCCAGCCCGCUGUUCCAAAGGGAUUUGCCGCACGGAGGGUAGGCUUGCGAAGAACGAACUCUGGAUCAAGCCUAUCAGAACGAUUAGAACAUGACAUCCCGAUAUAUCAGCAUGGAACGCCGUUGAUAGAGGGCCACCAAAAAGAAGUGUCGGCGGUUACAUGGACACAUAACGGUGAUUUAGUUACUGUAAGCGAUGAUUUACAUGCCAGGUGCUGGCGGGAGGGUUCCGAAGCAAGGGAUUUGAGAACAGGUGGAGAGGGCGAAGGAAAACGAUGGAAUUGUGGGUGGGCAGAAGUGAGCGAUCCGGAAUACGAUGAAGAAGAGUGCUGA